UCCUCCUCCAGGACCAAACUCUGGGGAGGGGACGUGCCUAUAAAUGCCUCGCAAGGCCAGCCGUGCCCAGCAAACCGAGAGCCGCAUCCUUGGGAGACACCGACAGAUCUGCAGACCCAGGAUGUCUCCGACCACCACCGCCUUCUUCUUCUUCAGCCUCGUGGGCUGCCUGCUCAGCGGAGGCGCCCAAGCGGCCGACUGCCCCAAGAACUGGCUCUCCUACGGCAGCCACUGCUACGGCUACUUCCCCCAGGAGCUGAGCUGGCAGAGCGCCCAGGCGCAGUGCCAGCGCAGCGGGGGACACCUGGCCUCCAUCCUGGACGAGGACGAGCACAAGGCGGUGGCCACGUACCUGCGGCAGGCCCAGCAGCUGGACGAUGAGGACGUCUGGAUCGGGCUCUCCAUCCCCAGCAGGAGCCAGGCCUGGACCUGGGUUGAUGGGAGCCAGCUGGGCUACUCGGCUUGGGAGAAGGACAAGAGCUACUUCGCCCUGGAAGGCGAGCACUGCGCCCUCCUCGAGGACUCCUCCGGGUUCCUGCUAUGGGACAAUGACUCCUGCUCCGAUGACAACCCCUUCCUCUGCAAAGUCUAGAGCCACAAAGGUCGUGUCCUGGUGACCUGGUGUGACCCCUAACCUCUUGCAUGCCCCCGCCCCACUUGCUGCUCCGUCUCAUCCAGCACAUUAUCCUCCUUUUCCACACCGUGUCCGGUCUUGUGGGCUCAAAAUAAAGUUGCUUCUAAACACAUCA